GAGCGGAGUUGGCGCACGGUGUAACGGGACGGUGUUUUUCAGUGUGAAGGGGAAACUUUGUGCGGGCAUGAGGAUAUUUUGGAAUAAUUCAUUCUUUUUGAAAGAAAAGCGGAACUUUUAAAAGAGAACCGGCGGGUUAAAACUUCCAGCGUUUGCAGCUGCUCGGUUUAAAAGAAGUGAACCUUAAUUAAACAUGACUGAAAUUAGACUGAGAAAAAUGCGCACCGACUGCACAUCUGCACAUUGAACUAGAGGAGGCGGUCAGGGAAGCCCGCCAAUGUCCACCUUUUUCCUGCUCUUCAAAGCAACUUGUUGACAUUUUUUCCCCCUCAGGAGUUUCAGUUUAUUAAAAAAAAAAAAAAACGUAACAGCAUGGCAGAACACGAGAGCCUGGAGUUUGGAAAAGCAGACUUUGUGCUUUUGGACAACGUAUCGAUUGAAGAAUUCAUGGCUAACCUAAAGCUCAGGUUUGAGAAGGGGAGAAUCUACACCUACAUCGGGGAGGUGGUGGUGUCUGUGAACCCUUAUCGUGCCACGAACAUAUACGGCCGGGACAUCAUAGAACAGUACAAGGGCCGCGAGCUCUACGAGAGGCCGCCCCACCUGUUUGCCAUCGCUGACGCUGCUUACAAAGCCAUGAAGCGGCGGAACAAAGACACGUGUAUUGUUAUCUCAGGGGAAAGUGGAGCAGGAAAAACAGAAGCCAGCAAGUAUAUAAUGCAGUACAUUGCUGCUAUUACCAAUCCUAAUCAGAGGGCUGAAGUUGAAAGAGUGAAAAACAUGCUGCUGAAAUCAAACUGUGUGUUGGAGGCUUUCGGGAAUGCCAAGACCAAUCGGAAUGACAACUCCAGCCGCUUUGGCAAAUACAUGGACAUCAAUUUUGACUUCAAGGGAGAUCCCAUCGGAGGCCAUAUUAACAACUACCUGCUGGAGAAGUCCAGGGUAAUUUUCCAGCAGGAAGGUGAGAGGAGCUUUCACUCAUUCUACCAGCUGCUCAGAGGAGCUCCAGAUUCACUUUUACGCUCGCUUCACAUUCAGAAGGACCCAACAGCGUACAACUACAUCAAAGUUGGAGGCCAGCUUAAGUCUUGCAUCAAUGAUGGCGCCGAUUUCAAAGCUGUGUCUGAUGCCAUGAAAGUGAUCGGCUUCACAGGGGACGAGAUUCAGACUGUUUAUAAGAUCCUGGCCACCAUCCUGCAUCUGGGAAACUUGACGUUCGGAGUGGACGGUGAUGUGACCCUGAUAGAGAACACAAAGCUGGUCUCUGUGAUCAAGGACUUGCUGUCCACCAAGGAGGAAAAUGUGGAGAAGGCGCUGCUUUACCGCACGGUAGCCACAGGCCGGGACGUCAUCGAGAAACAGCACACGGCACAAGAGGCCAGCUACGGGCGGGACGCGCUAGCCAAGGCGAUGUAUGAGCGCUUGUUCUGCUGGAUCGUGGGUCGCAUCAAUGACAUUAUUGAGGUGAAAAACUACGACGCCAGAGUCCACGGAAAAAACACCGUCAUCGGGGUUCUGGACAUCUACGGCUUUGAGAUAUUCCAGAACAACAGCUUUGAACAGUUCUGCAUCAACUACUGUAAUGAAAAGCUGCAGCAGCUCUUCAUCCAACUGGUGUUAAAGCAGGAACAGGAGGAGUAUCAGAGGGAGGGCAUCCCCUGGAAGCAUAUCGAUUACUUCAAUAACCAGAUCAUUGUGGACUUGGUUGAGCAGCAGCAUAAGGGCAUCUUCGCUGUGCUGGAUGAAGCCUGCAUGAAUGUGGGCAAAGUCACCGAUGAGGUUUUUCUACAAGGACUCAAUGUCAAGCUGGCCAAGCACGCCCACUACACCAGCCGCAAGCUCUCACCAACUGACAAGAGUUUGGAGUUUGACAGAGACUUUCGCAUCAGGCACUAUGCAGGAGAUGUGGUGUACUCAGUGGUGGGUUUUAUUGAUAAGAACAAAGACACUCUGUUCCAGGAUUUCAAGAGACUGCUGUACAACAGUUCCAACCCAGUGCUUAAAGGGAUGUGGCCUGAGGGCAAACUGAGGAUCACUGAGGUCACCAAGCGACCGCUGACGGCUGCAACGCUCUUCAAAAACUCCAUGAUCUCACUGGUGGAGAACCUCGCCUCCAAGGAACCCUACUACGUUCGCUGCAUCAAGCCCAACGAUGUCAAGUCCCCUCUGCUCUUUGAGCACGAGCGCUGCCGCCAUCAGGUGGAGUACCUCGGGCUGCUGGAGAACGUCAGAGUGCGUCGCGCCGGAUUCGCCUACAGACAGACGUACCCGCGCUUCCUGCAGAGAUAUAAGAUGAUCUCAGAGUUUACCUGGCCAAACCACGACUUGCCAACAGACAAAGAUGCAGUGAAGAGGCUCCUGCAGGGCUGUGGGUUCGACCACGAUGUGGCCUUUGGCAAAACCAAGGUCUUCAUCCGCACACCGCGUACGCUCUUCAACCUGGAGGACCAGCGAGCUGAAAUGGUCCAGAGGAUCGUCCUCUUCCUCCAGAAGGUGUGGAGGGGAACUAUAGCCAGAAUGCGGUACAGACGCAUGCGAGCCGCCCUCACCAUCCUGCAGGCCUACCGACGCUACAAGGUCAAGUCCUACAUCCGUGAGGUUAACCGCCGCUUCAGGAAUGUGCGAUCCAUGAAGGAUCAUGGAAGACAUGUGAAGUGGCCCACGCCCCCCAAAGUUCUGCGCAAGUUUGAAGAGGCACUCAAGAGCAUCCAUAGCAGGUGGUGGGCAUGGACACUGAUCAAAGGCUUAUCUCCAGAGGAGACCCUGCAGGUGAGGGCCAAGGUAGCCAGCCUGGAGGCCCUGAAGGGCCAGAGGGCUGAUUUGGGGCUACAGCGAGCCUGGGAAGGAAACUAUCUGAAGCGAGACAGCCCUGAUACAGCAGCGUCAUUCACACUGGUCUCCAGCGAGCUGCAGCGGAAAGACAAAUUCAUGAGAGUCCUGUUCUCCUGCAACGUACGCAAGAUCAACCGUUUCCACAAGGCGGAGAACCGGGCUGUGCUCAUCACUGACCGCCACCUGUACAAGAUGGACCCCCUCAAGCAGUACAAACCCAUGAAGAACAUCCCUCUCUACAACGUGACCGGGCUGAGUGUGUCCCCCGGGAAGGACCAGCUGGUUGUGUUCCACACCAAGGACAGCAGGGAUCUCGUGGUGUGCCUGCAGGGUAUGGUGCCCACCAACGAGAGCCGUAUCGGGGAGCUGGUUGGCACCCUGCUUAGCCAUUUCAAGAGUGAGAAAAGGAAGCUGCAGGUGAACAUUGCGAGUCCCAUCCAGUGCAGCAUGAACGGCAGAAAGUGCACGGUCAUCGUUGAGCCCAAGAUCAACCAAUCACAGCCGGACUUCACCAAGAGCCGGUCUGGUUACAUCCUGGCUGUUCCUGGCAACUAAAGUGGGCCAAGGCGGAAAAAACAGCUGAUUUCAAAGCUGGCUCAGAUGAUGAUGAUGAUGAUGAUGAUGAUGAUGAUUCACUGAUGUGUUUUUGUGUUUUUGCAGAGCUGCUAAUAAUGAGACAGUGCAGCUCAGUCUUCAGUUUGGAAAGCAAUGCCAAAUUUGACCUUUUUUUUGUUGACUUCUAGGCUUCUACUUUUUUUUUUUACUUUUUUUUAAAAACAUGCACUACAUGAUUGUGCACCAAAAUCCAAAUGAUUUGCUUUGUGCAAUAUUUGUGUUAUUGUGGAUUGAUUAUUUUGAGCUGAGGUGAGAGGAGAUUAUGCAGCAACUGUUUACUGAUGUUGCAUAAGAGGCAAAAAAAAAAAUCCAAAGGCUUUGCAGGAAUUCAUAAUCCCUGCAGCUUCAUGUGUAGGAACCACAUCAAAAGGGAAACCUCUAAAAAUGAAGAACGACUUUGAUUCGUCUAAAUUGCUUUGAAACAAAAGAAACCUGUUUUUGUGACUUACGUUCUAAAUAACUUUGAUUUUAAUGACCUUGCCUACCUAAGUGGUGAAUGGAAGUUAUUAGUUAGCUUUUUUUUAUGUUUACAAUCACAUAAAGGAACAGCAAGUGAGAAACAAAUUUUUUGUGUUAGUUUUAGUCACAGGGUGUUGAGCCGGAUGUGUUGAGCACAUCCUGAACUUUGCAGCCAGCUACAUGGAAAAUCUACUAAUUCUAAUUCUUCUGUUCUUCUAGUUUCUAUGCAAUAUCUGCAGUUUUAUAAUAAACACUAAUGCUGCUUAUACUUUAAGGGUAGAACAUGCUGCUGGUGCACAGCAGCACAUAUAUGUGUACGUGCAGAGCUUGCACUCCAUUUGGUGUAAACAGGGAUGCUGUAACUAAAAUUCAGUAGCAAAAGUUGAAUAAUUGGAUGAUGACGUAAGCUUUUAUUUUGUUCCCUAUAGGUAUUUCCAGUCCAUAUUUUCUCCAAAUGUGAGACUUAAUGUUCUUACUGGCCUGUACUGUAUAAUCCCAUGUGAACUCCAGCUCCUCGGUGCACUCUCAUUUGCUGUCUCUGUGUUUAGUGAAUACCCUGAUGACUUGUAGUGGUCUUUAGUCCUUUGGAAUAGGCUUCCACGUGACAAAUAUCCCCUUCAUCACAGUGAGUGCGACUGGGGGAGUCUGUGUGUCGAUGAGCUCUUUUCGCUCUCCUCUUCUUGGCUCAGAGAGGCUGGCUAAUAGCCACAGAGGAGGAGUGUGGUGUUUAUAGUCAGACUGCUGUCCCCCUUGACUUUUUGUAUAUUUUGUGGUCUUUUCGGAGACUUCAUUUACAUCUUAUCUCACUAAAAAUUUCAUCACAGUUCUCAACGUGUGAAAAGCCAAAUCACACUAAUCAAAUCACCAGUGCUUAAAAUGGCUCAUGACUCUGAUUCGUACUGUUCUUACAGGCUGUUGGGUGUGUGUCCAUUCUUGGCAUGUUCCAAUAUGCUGUUUUUUAAUAACAAAUACAAAAACCAGGAAGCAUCCUGCAGAGUAGAUCGUAAAUUGUAAACACAGGCGUACAGUUUUGCUACAAUAAAACAAAUAUAAGAAUUGUGAGCUUAAAAGUUCAUGCUUGAAUUGGCAUUUAUGAAAUCCUUCACACAUAAGGUCAUUUAGUCAAUUUUUCUGGGUCUUUGGAUUAAAUGAGCAGAUGGAGUUUCUAGUUGUUAAGAACAGACUGUGUCUAAAACAUGGACACAAACCCUGAAAUCACUUUGCAGGCUCAGUGUAAACAUUUUGUCAUAUUGUUGUUUUGGACCCAGAUUUGAUUACAGUAUCAUAAUGAGAGCUUCACAGGUCAUCACAGAUAUCCAGCUAACUGGUGCCACUUAACAUACUAAUAAAAUAUCCUAUGUGCACUUCUGAAAACUGGAGCACAUUCGUGUUGGAUGAACUGUUGGUGGGAAUAAGCACACAGCAGAUAAUUGCACUGAAAAACUGUCAGAAGGUCCACCUGGGACAAUCUAAUUAAUAACACAGUUACACAGAGCUCAGCACUACCACUGUCAAAUCUUAAACUAUGACAAGAGAACAUCUGCUAAUGAAAGUCAUGAAAAGCUCCUAAGUGUUUAUUCUAUGGAAGGAACCAAUAUUUUAUUGGAUGUUUUUAUUGAGUCAAAAGAUUAUCAGAAACUCUUCAGCACUGUAUAAUCGUUCUGCCCACGGUCAUAUUUUUGUAUUGUCUCUGUGUAAAGACAAAGUAAAGAACACUGAAUGUGGUUCUGGGGAACAACAGCCCAAGGUUAGGAACUGCGCUCCCUCUGAGUCUGCCCUAGUUGAAGAGGCAGGCUUCAUCACAGCCGGGAGGAAAACUUGUUAGCAGUCGUUUCAGCUGCAGUACCUGAGUCCUCUGCCUGUGCCUGAGUGUUGUCUGAACAACUCAUUUAUCUUAAUUAGCUUGUGAGUGCCUGUGUCUUUUAAAGUGGUUAGUCUCCCGUUUACCUCAGAGCUUUUCUGGUGGAUGACCUUGUCCUGUUGCUCGAUAAGACAGAGUUGUUUGGGGAAAUUGGUGCAUUUGUGGUGUGGAUUAAGGAAGUGACAUUGGUUGUGCUAAUUGGUGGUUUUCAGAGGAAAGCUCAGCUGUUUGUGUGUGUGUGUGUGUGUGUGUGUGUGUGUGUGUGUGUGUGUGUGUGUGUGUGUGUGUGUGUGUGUGUGUGUGUGUGUGUGUGUGUGUGUGUGUGAGCUAUCCAUAUCCUCCAACAUGCUACAAUCUCCCACAGGGCUUGUCCUCUCCUCUCCUCCUCUCUGCUCGGCUGUUCACCGCUCAUCAUUAGGAUGGACUCCAUGUCACUUCUCACUUCAGCGCUUCUCUCAUUGCUUUCUUAAGUCAAAGGCGGGCUGGUGAACAAAGCCUUGCCUGGAUUCCUCUUCCCUCUUUACUUGCUCUGCUUUUUCUUUUCUCCUCUCUCCCUGCCCCCUUUCCUCCCUCCUUUUCUUAUUUUCGCUUCCUCGGUCAGAUCACUUGGCUUCGUGCCCAGUUGGCCUGGUUGUACCAUCCUGCAGGGUAAUGAAGAUUUUUCAGGUUUAUACAUUUCUUCAGUCAUCCAGGAGUCAAGAGGUGUGGAAAUAAAGAGGGAGAGUCAACCUGCAACAACACGAGCCAGAAAAUCCCAUCAGUCAGAAACAAAGCUUUAAAAACAAAGCUGUUAAUAUAAGAACCUGUAAGGAUGAAGAAAUCUUUAUUUUGGAGCCAAUGAAAAGCUUUCUGGUGGCCCUUGAUUUAAUUCUAAUGCUUUGAAACAGAUGGAAAAUUAGUAAGCUCGUGCUUCAAGGGUGCUGGGAUGGAGUUUUGGGCUCGACGGCUCUGCACUGCGAACAUGACUGAAAUCUAAAUUCUGAAAUCAUGUAAUGUACGUAACAAACGUGCAGCUUCAUUUUUACAAAUUGAGUGGUUUCAUAAAGCCUCUGUUCCUUAAGCACAGAUGCUGUAGUGGACGUGUUUGGGACUAAUGUACUGAUACACGUUUGGUGCAGUCGAGGUUAUAUGGCACAAGAUGGUGUGUGUUCAUUAUAAUGAAGGAAGAUGUCGCCCAGUGUUACAGUAAGGCUCGCUGUUAUUAUUAAAUAAAAUGGAGCUGGAUGGCAGAUGGUUUGGGAUACAUAUGCAGUGCAUUGUUGAUUGCGGGGUUUUCAUGGGAUUUAUUAAUAUGAAAAUAUGGAAAAUCACUUGAUUUAUCCUUUCAUGUUUUGGUGGUGGUAGGGUGCAAAUCUGAUCAAAGAUGAUUACUUUUCCUUUAUGUUGAUUAUUAGUUUUACCAUAAGAGUAAAAAUCACAGGCUUGUUUCUAAGCGCCCUUUUAGAAAUAGGCUUAAAUGUCAAAUAUGAAUGUUAACACUUGGAGACCUGUGCCAUUCUCCCCCCUGCUGUUCCAUACAGUGAGAUGGUCAAAAGUACAUCCCUCCAGUUUCUGUUCUGAAGCCCGUCCAUGUCAGCCAAAGGGCAACAAAUUCCAUUUACAUUUCUGUAAUUUAUUCUGUCGUCUGUAGCUUUGACCUAAAUCUGUGUGUGUGCACCGUUCAUUCAGCAAGUGCCUAAUUUUAUAUUAAGUUUAAAUUUUGCAUAUUUGUGUAAGAAGUCAUUACCACAUGUACCAUAAAUAUACUGUAAUAUCCAGAAUAAGUCUAGUAUUCUGUAUGAAUGCCGGUUAUGAUGUUCCUUAAUGAAAAACUAUUUCAUUAAUCAGUUUAUUAAUAAAUUUAUUUA